AUGGCGGCCCCGCGAACGCGGACGGGCAGCGGCGGCUCGAGCAACGACUUCAACUUCAGGGCAGCAGGAUCAAAGACCGAAGCAGCCAUAAAGGAAAUGGAGCACGGCGUGCACAAGUUCUUCACUGGCAUGGAGGAGUCCCUGAGCAAGAUCACCAGGCCCAGUUGGCUUGGCGGUGGCAGUGGCCCUUCUAAACACGCUCCCGCACCACCAGUUGUGCAUAGCAAGCAGGAACACCACACACCGACCCCAAGUGGUGAAGAUGAUAGCACCAUGCGGCACCACUGCGCCGCUUUGGAGCGAUUAGUGGAAAUGGGCCUCUCGCCCCAGGCAGCGAAGGUUGCCGUCCGACAUUUGGAUAGCUGGCUGGUCAGCGAGGAUGGUCGAUCGGAGAUGGCCGUGGCGGAAGCAGAAGCAACCAGCACGGGAGAAGCAAUCUUGCAUGUGCACGACCAAGUUCGCCUGGAGGGGCUUGUCAAGAACAAAGGCACCAACGGCAUGAUGGGCACGCUGGAAGCUUACGGUGCUGAAAGCCACCGCUGGAAGGUUCGUUUGACAGAUGACCAGGUCUUUUGGAUCAAGCCGAAAUUGCUUCGGCCUUUGAAGAUGCAGCGGAUGCCGCUGCCUUUGCCAGAUCCGUCACCGCCGGAGCACACAACAGGCGAAGACGAACAGGCACUCGGAGUCUUGGAGUCUUUGCAGCUGGAUGCACACGGAACCUUGCGCGUGGCGCUGCCUUUCUGCGGCAGCAUGCAGGAGUUGCCGAUCCUGGCCCACUUUCUGGCAACACGCUGCUCAGGUCGGCAGGGAGUGGCCAAGAUCUCCAUCCUGGCAUCAGAUGUCCAGGACUGGGCGCCGCUUGGAGGCUAUUGGAAACAGAAGGAGACGUACGUCAAAAGAUGGUACCCGCACAUGGACCUGAAGUUCUGCCAGCUGGAUUUGCAUGCCCUUCGGCACCCACCCUCAUCACUGACCUUUGCGUUUCAUCCGGAAUGCACAGUUCACAGAGACUUGUGGCGCCGGAUCCUGCACAACGUCAUCUCUGCCAGCGCUGUGUGUAUUGUGUGCACCUUCAACGAUGAGGAAAGGUUGACUUCUGUCGUGUCACUGGAGGUGGAAGCAGCUCCAGUCGGCUCUGGGCUCGGAGGCUCUGCUCUUUCGAAGGGGAGCGCAGUGAAAGCCGAAUGCGCCAAAGAGCAGGAGGCCCAGAGUUGCCCGGCUGGCAGCCCGAGGUGUCUCGGAAGCUGCUCUGGUCGGGUCCUCGUGGUGGGAGCCGGCCUGGCAGGCUUGGUGUCAGCUCAGUUCUGCGUAGAGUGGAUGAUGGGAAGCGAGCUGCUGGCUGCUACCCAGGUGAGGUUGUGGUUCUGGAAGCCCACGGCCAUGUCGGUGGAAGAGCUGCUGCGCUUCAGACGGGGCCGUUCCGAGGCUUCGAUGCAGGCGCGCAGUGGGUCCAUGGUGGAGAGACUUUGGCCAUUCUUAGAGGAGGAAAAUCUUCCCAUCAUGGCGCUGGCACGCUUCUUCAAUCUUACUGUGGAGCAGGUCGGUGGCAACACGGAUUUCGAAGGAGACCACGAGAGGCAUCGGCUGUUUCUUGCGCACGGACCGAACGAGGACGUGAAGGCAGAGGCUUUCCGGCGGUAUCUCGAAGCCAAACGGCAGUUCGACCGGAGAGUGAGUUGGGUCAUUGCAAAGCAACGGCGCGACCUGGCACUCAGAUCCGCAUGGCAGCUCAUCCUGAACCGAAGCUUCGACCCCCUAUUCGAGUGGCAACUGCGUGUCCGCAGCGAGCAGAGCUGGGGCAUCAGUCCAGAACAGGUGGGGACACGACUCUCCGAGGUGGCUGUCUACA